CGCGAGGAACUCUGGGAAAUCUCCCUGUGCCCGCCACCAUCUUGCUUUCCUGGGAGCCAGCCGUGACCGCGGAGGGGUCACUGGGUGAUCUUGAGCCAUGAAGCUGCUAACCAGAGCUGGGUCCUUCUCGAGGUUUUAUUCCCUGAAAGUUGCUCCCAAAGUUAAGCCUACGGCUGCCCCUGCAGGAGUGGCUCUGCAACCUCAGGAUCUCGAGUUUACCAAAUUGCCAAAUGGCUUAGUGAUUGCUUCUAUGGAAAAUUAUGCUCCCACAUCAAGAAUUGGCUUGUUCAUUAAAGCAGGCAGUAGAUACGAAGACUCCAACAGUUUAGGAACCUCCCACUUGCUUCGCCUGGCAUCCAGUUUGACAACAAAAGGAGCUUCAUCUUUCAAGAUAACUCGUGGAAUUGAAGCAGUUGGUGGUAAAUUAAGUGUGACGUCCACUAGGGAGAGCAUGGCCUACACUGUGGAGUGCCUGCGUGAUGACAUCGAUGUCCUAAUGGAGUUCCUGCUCAACGUCACCACAGCGCCAGAAUUCCGGCCUUGGGAGAUCUCUGCCCUUCAGUCCCAGCUGAAGGUUGACAAAGCUGUGGCCUUUCAGAAUCCACAGGCUCAUGUCAUUGAAAAUCUGCAUGCUGCUGCAUACAAGAAUGCCUUGGCUAAUCCCUUGUAUUGUCCUGAUUUUAGGAUUGGAAAAAUUACUUCAGAGGAGUUACAUUUCUUUGUUCAGAACCAUUUUACAAGUGCAAGAAUGGCUUUGAUUGGGCUCGGUGUAAGUCAUCCUGUCCUGAAGCAAGUUGCUGAACAGUUUCUCAACAUGAGAGGAGGUCUUGGUUUAUCUGGUGCAAAGGCCCAGUACCGAGGAGGUGAAAUUCGAGAGCAUAAUGGAGACAGUCUUGUCCAUGCUGCUCUUGUGGCAGAAAGUGCCACCCUAGGAAGUACAGAAGCCAAUGCAUUCAGUGUUCUCCAGUAUGUCCUUGGAGCCGGCCCACAUGUCAAGAGAGGCGGCAAUGCUACCAGUGCUUUGUACCAGGCUGUUGCCAAAGGGAUUAACCAACCAUUUGAUGUUUCUGCUUUUAAUGCCAGUUACUCUGAUUCUGGCCUCUUUGGCAUUUAUACCAUCUCACAGGCUGCAGCUGCUGGAGAUGUUAUCAAGGCUGCCUAUAACCAAGUAAAAUCAAUUGCUCAAGGAAGUCUUUCCAGUACAGAUGUCCAAGCUGCCAAGAACAAGCUGAAAGCUGGAUACUUAAUGUUGGUAGAGUCUUCAGAAGGUUUCCUGGAUGAAAUUGGGUCCCAGGCUCUAGUCGCUGGUUCUUACGUGCCACCAACCACAGUCCUGCAGCAAAUUGACUCAGUAACUGAUGCUGAUGUCACAAAGGCUGCAAAGAAAUUUGUUUCUGGCCGGAAGUCAAUGGCAGCAAGUGGAAAUUUGGGGCAUACACCUUUUCUUGAUGAGUUGUAAUACUGAAUGCAAGAGCUGAACAUUUUCUCAACCCAGAGUAGCAAACACAUCAGUUAAAAGCCUAAUAAACAUUUUUUUCCAACAUGGUGAAAUAUCUUAAAAUUUAAAACAGGUCAUUAUUCUUAGUUGGCCUAAAAUCAAUAAAACAUCCGAUAUAAUUCUA